UACGGUAAUGGCUGAAGAAAUUGUCUCAUUCAAUUCCUUUGAUUUAAACAAACUCCUAUAUUAAAAACGAGAAAAAAACAUGGCAAAUUCAUAUAAAGUUUACAAAGUAUGUGAUGCAUCACGGAUGAAACGGACGGCUUUUCCUGCUCUUCGCACACUUGGCAGUGUAUUAGAACAAGGAUCAAUUGCAUUUGGUGUAGUACUGAGUGGCGUAUACACAGAAGCUGAUGGAUGCAGAAUUAUGUCGGACUUGGUACUGGCUGCAUUCGAGGACCAACUUCUAAUGUUAACAGCAGAAGGAGAAGGAUGGACAACCAACUUCAUACAGACUAUGAGCCAUAAUCCUGUUUUGUCUAUUUUUGAAGCUCAAGAAUCACUUGGAAGAAAACCAGAAGAAAAUCAAUCACCGCAUCCAAUUGCAACAAUUGCUCAAAUUGUGUCUGGCGUGUCAAAAAUUGACGAAUUACAACCAACUGCUGGAAUGAAACCACCCGAAGUGGUUGCUUCGCAGAUUGUGUCUAAUGACGAUGAGUUAACAGACGCCUGCACAUCCGAACUGGUGUAUGAGACAAUCUCCCUACAGUCACAUGCAGAAAAUGAUACAUCCGAAAAUGCCAUAGACAUCAUAAUCAACAACGCUGAUCAACUAGAAGACAUCGAUCAGGAGUACGAGCAGGAAGGAAGUCAAUCGAAAGCAGCUAUUCUCGAAGGUGUUCAACCAUUGAUACUGCAUCAAGAUGAAGACGCGAUUGAUCCACUUGAAGGAACCGAACAGGAUGAAGAGCAAGAAGAGUGUCACUCGAAAGCAGGUAUUAUUGAAGUCGAACGACCACUGAACCAGAUGAGCCAAAAUGAUGACAUUGAAAACCGGUCCCCGAAUACCGUCCAGAAACGUAGCGCUCCGGAAGAGGUACAACUUCUUAAAAGUACCAAAAAACAUGCCUCUACGGAGAUGAAAUUCCGGUGCUUCAGUAUUAAUUGGAACAAGUUCAGUGACCAUCUUCUAAGCCGUUUGCGUGCACUGCAAGAAUUCAAGAAAUCAAAUCCAAGUGUCUUCACGCCAGCUUCGAUACGUAUUGCCAAAACUGAACUUACGACAUUAACAAACACAGUAGUGGAGCAGCUCCGCCUGAUCGAUACACAGAUCCGGGCUGAUACGAUGGAGAAUGUCGCAAGGCAUUUUGAAAAAUUCCCAGCUUUGGAUUAUACAGAUGACGAUGGCUUUGGAGCCGGCCAAGGCUACGUGGAGUUAAAAUAUAAGAUGAUUAACCGCAAUAACUACUUGAAUCGAUUCAAGAAUACUGAAGUACAAGCAAUUAACAACGCAACCAGUUCGAAGAAGAAACGCAACUCACGAGCCGGAACACUCUGUGAGUAUUGGGCACAUACAUCCAACCAAUGUGACAAGGGUACGCUUUCCCAGCUGGCUCGAGAUGAUCCAACCUUAUUAUCGGAUGAAUUUCUGCUACAGUCGCAGGCCUAUGUCAGAUACAUGUUGGACGAGAAAGUUCAAACGUCUAGAAUGAUAUCUCAGCUUCCUGUGCUACGGCGAAGACAACUGUUGAACUUUCAUUUUGAAAGGGCCACCGGAGUGAAUGUGAGUGAGUUUCGGGAGUACUUCGCGAUGAAAAGAUGGAAAAUCAUCCAGGUCUCACUCUCUCGCAAAACUGAUUCUAAUUUGGAUACAUCGUCGACUGACUAUGCGAUACUUCAGUUUUUGUGCUCACUUGUGGGAGAGAAUUUCAACGAAUUAUUGCUUCGCAAAGAAAUCGGCACCCGUGUUGAUGAUAUCAUUGUUGGAAGUCCGGGACCAGUCGUAGUAGCUGUAGAUAUAGGAAAUGAUAAAACCAUUUUCUAUGUAUACGCCAACGAAACACGAUUGUCCGAGGGCGCGGACGAUAUAAUAACUGGCUUGGAGGAUCUGUUGACCAUUCACUUCGUACAUAAUUUCAUGUACACCAAAACGACUUCGAAAUUCAUGGAGCUCCUUCAAGAGUAUUUCCUGAAGAUCAUCACUUUGGCGGCCUCGAAAUCAAAUGCCAGUCGUGUAGGACAAAGGCAGCGUAGUGUCAGAAAAGUUAUUUCUGCCUUGUCGAGUUUUGAAAUGAGCAGCUAAACCGAUUUCGAAACACGUUUUCCGUUCUCCAGUGAAUUGAUUCUUAAAUAUUUUUUUAACCGACUUGUUUGCUAUACUGCUAUUCAGUGAAUUGAUUUUGGAAAAAGAGUAAUAAAAUAUUUAAGCCUAGAA